AUGGAUCAAACAGAAAACCAGCAAGAUGUUGCUGGACGAAUCAUUCAGGCGGCAAUUACAGUCAGUUCUUCACCCACUGUUGAAGAAGGGUCCUUUAGUCAUAUAUUGGCUAGUACUAGAGCUUCAUUUAGACCUCAGCUACAACAACGUAGGUUACAGGCUCAAUCAACAAACAAAAGAGGACGUAAACGAAAAGCAACAUAUCAAAAAAAAGUGUUUGUUGUUAAAUUGGCUAAUGUUACAUUUUUGCCUCCCCCAUAUGAGCAAAAAUACUUAAAUAAACGUGGACUUGGUUUAUUAUCAAAGCCGUUAACUAUCAAUAGAACCUGGUCAUUUGAGAAAAUAAAAAUGGAAAUUUUGGACCUGAUGUUGCCUAAUUUACGCGAUAUGUUAGAAAUGGUGGAUUUUAGCAUUGCUAGAUGUGGAAAACACAAAAUGCUAACAAAAAUUGAUAUGUUAAACACAGAUCCGGAAGAUCUUGAAGUUACUUUGGGCAGUGGAAUGUUAAUUGUAAUACCAAAACGAGACUUUCCUUAUAACUUACCUCUUGUUGAAGAACCUCAUCUCCAGAUUUUGGAGGAUGCUAAUUCUUAUUCAGAUGAGCAAGGCCCUCCACCACAAAGAAGAUCCUUUAACAGAAGGGUAUUUACAAAUCAGUUAUCAUUGAAUAACUCGGUUGUAACAAACCAACAGGAACCUGCACGCAAAGAUGAAGCUUAUAAUGAUGACUUUGCUUAUUUUAGUGAUAUAGAAGACGGAGGAGACGUUGUUGAUACUUCAUUUACCGUCUCCAAUGAAUUGCACCCAUUCUUGAAUUUCCCAAGAAUAUCAGAAGAUAGCGAAUUGGUGCUUAUUGAUGUUUCCAGAGAUAAUAUAGUGCCAUACAUGUUUGAUUUAUAUAGUCAAAAACCAUCAACGGUAGACAAUCGGUUUUUAGUCAAAUUUAUUGGAGAAGAUGGUGUAGAUGGUGGAGGUUUAUUGAACGAGCUUUUUUCAAUCUUUUGGAGGGAAAUAUUUAAAAGUGAUGACUUUUUUAUUGGUACCAAUAUAGUGGUACCUUUUGUAAAACUUUCUAAAAUUAGAGAAGUAAAACCAAAAUUUGUUAUACUUGGAAGAAUUUUAGGUCAUAUGAUCUUACUAACGGGUAAAAUGCCUUCAAGGCUAGCCCUUUAUACUUUAACAGCUUUAUCUGACAAAGGAGAUGAUUAUACCUUAAACGAAGAAAUGUUACUACAUGAUUUUUUUUUAUUUACAACUUUGCCUGAACGAAGAUUAAUGCAAAAAGGACUUAACAAUUUUAAUAAAUUAUCUGAGAUGGAGGUAAAUAGAUUAACUAGUCUUUAUAUGACUUAUGGGCUUAGUAAUGUAUUGCCCAACGAGAAAGAUAUAAAACAGCAUCUUCUGCUACUGGCGGAAAAUACAUUAAUUAAAAAUACAGCAGAUUUGUUUAAAAAAAUGAAGGAAGGUGUACCAAAAGAUAUAAUUUUAUAUUUUACUAAUCUUCCUCUAAACUUCGCAUUAAAUUUGUGGAAAUCUUUACAACCAACAGCUGAAAAAGUUGCAAAUUGCUUAAAACUCCAAGUCUCCUAUCCUACUAAUGAACAGGAAAAAAUAUUUUACUUCUUACAGAUGUAUGUUUUGGGUCUUAACACGGAAGAACUGGAAAGAUUUUUAUUAUUUGUAACAGCUACAGCGCAAAUGCCUGAGCAAAUUGCUGUUGACUUUCAUAAUGAAAUGGGCCUUGCACGAAGACCAAUCAUAUCAACCUGUGCAAAUUUAAUAAAAUUAAGCGUUGCCUACGACAGCCAGAAGGAAUUCAGUGAUGAAAUAAACGCAUUUUUAAAUUCAGAUGCUGCUUUCAAGUAUGACACUUACUAA